AUGGGCAAGAAAAACGAACCUGGUCAAGUUAUACACCGUGAACUUUAUCAAAGAAUGAAUUUUCUUUACCAAGCAGCAACUUUAAUGACAACCAUAACCACCUCAUCAACAACUACUUUAGCACAAACAAACAAUUCGAUAAAUCCAGAAUCAAUUUUUUAUGAUAUGAAUGAAUUGGAUAAAUCACGAAAAAAUUCGUCGAUUAAUUCUUCAACUAACACAAAAAAAAGUUUAAUCCCGCUUUCCCGAUUCUAUAUCUCCACAAUGAAAUCCAUUGGCACGAAACAAGUUCUUAGAAUUGAUCCUUCAAUAAAAAGAACUUUAUGCAAAAAAUGUGAAUCAGUACUUAUACCGGGCGUUACUUCACGAAUCCGAAUUAAGUCUAAACCGGAACCACAACUUCAAGUGAUGUGCACACAAUGCGGUACCACACGCGGAUAUCCUGCCAGGAAAGGGUAUCAAUUAUUUUCAGAAAAAUCAGAAAAUAUUUAUGGGGCCAAAAAUGAUCAAAAAUUAAUCAAAGAAUAA